AUGCUGAAAUCUCUUUCCUUUCUCGGCCUGUUCGCUAGCGUUGUGGCGGGCCACGGUGUCGUUGACAGCUUCAAAACUGACGGUGUGGAGCACCCCGGCUAUCAGCUCAUCUACUACUAUGACAAGAAGAAUGGCAAGGAGCUUCCCGAGCUAGCUGCCUGGUCCGCUGAGAAUCUUGAUAGUGGCUUUGUUGCGCCCGAGAACUACACGUCUCCCGACAUUGUUUGCCAGAAGAAUGGUGCGCCCGCCAACUCCACUGUCAAAGUGUCUGCUGGCGGAACCGUCGAGUUUCACUGGACACGAUGGGCUCACUUUGGGCCUAUGAUGACCUAUGUUGCUAGGUGUCCAUCUGAUGACUGCAGCAAUGUUGACAAGACGGCGCUCGAAUUUGCCAAGAUAGACGAGGCUGGCAUCAAUUUUGAUACGCAGGAAUGGGCUGCAAGGGCUAUGGUCAACAACAACAACACUUGGGUCACAACUGUUCCGAAAUCGCUUGCCUCAAGCCUCUGGCUUUCGGCCGUAAACCAUGUGACUAGGCGUUGGUUAGUCUACAUGUUUCCGUGA